AUGACAGCUGUGCUGGAGACGGAGGCGCACAACCUCACUGAGGAGCGCGACAGCUUCAGCCAGGAGAACCAAACUAACCCACACGCGGCUGGACAGCUGAACAAUGCCAACUGCCUGUUUCUGUCUAUAGUACCUGAAGGACAGGCGGUUUCAGUGCUGAUUUGCUUUUUUGUCUUGCUGACCGCCUUGUCGUGCUUUGUGAACGCGCUUACUCUGUUCGGCCUCGGACAGUCGGAGGAGUUUUCCUGGCAGCCGCGCUUCAUCCUGCUCAAGAACCUGAUUUUCAGCGACCUGGUGCAGACUGCGACCUUUGGCCCGGCGGUCGUCCACUCACUAAUCCAGCGCCGCACGAUGGCGUUCAACGGAUGGUGUUACGUUCAGUACUUUUUGGGUGGAGUCUCUGUCUUCUGUAGUCUCGUUACUAUAACUUGCAUGGCGUUGGAGCGAUACAUAUACGUCUGUCAUGCCAUCCGGUACUUGCCAAUUUUCACUAAGAUCCGCCUGCGGGGUGUCCUGGGGGGAAUCUGGCUGUACUCGGUUUUCAUCGGCGUCUCUGAAAUUGUGCUGCUGCACACCGGGAGAGGAGAGGAUGAUGAAACGGUCACCACGGGGCUUAUGUGCGAGCCAGAUGUUGUGGAACAGCACCUGGGGUUCCCCCGUGCCUCUGCAGUUUUUCGCAAAACCGUGGGCUCCCUCACCCUGCUGCUGUGUCUGCUGAUACACGCGUUUUCCUUCUUUAGAAUGUACCAGGUCGCGCGCAACGCAGUGAUACCUUUCAACGCGAUUAACGUCACAGCGCGCAACACUGUGUUGUUUUACUGCGGGAUGCUGUUCCUGCAGCUGCUGCCGUUGCUCCUCAAAGUCGCGUCGGACGCGCUGUGGGAGUUUAGGGCACCGGUGGCGAUGAUGGUACAGUCCUCUCAGUCUCCCGGCCUCUGCAAAGUGAAGACCACCCCCACGGCGACUGCGCUUCAUAUAUCGCUGCUGGUUAUGCUCAUAGUGCCACCGUGCAUUAACCCGCUGGUCUAUGGACUGUGGAGUGUGGAGAUGAGGCAGGCGCUGACCAGCAGGUUGCGGUCGUGGACAGAGAGAAGGGCUAACGAGCGCGCGGCAGAGAGAAUAAGACUGGAACACGUGGCGCGUCGAAAUGGAGCUCAGGCGGGAUAA